AAGCUUGAUGGUAGCGGCUAACAGUAAAUUAUUGUUGCGAGAAAGGCAGAGGCUUCAAUUUGUGUGGUAGUUGUGAGAGCGGCAACAUGGGACUGUUGAAUGGGUGUGUUUUUGGCGUUUUGGUUUUUUUGAUGGAGGGAUUUAGGGCAGCGGCUGUUACAGGACCGACCCAUGGGAAAGUGGUCGUUUGUUAUCUGGGCACAUGGUCGGUGUACAGGCCGGACAGGGGGUCCUUCACGAUCGAACAUCUGGAUCCGACGCUGUGCACCCACAUCGUGUACUCCUUCGCUGGGUUGGACAUCGCGACGGAUGGCAUUAAGGCGCUGGAUCCGUUCCAGGAUUUAGCGGAUGAUUAUGGGAAAGACGGGUACCAGAAACUGACAAGACUGAAACAUAGAUAUCCACACUUAAAGGUGACUUUGGCUAUAGGGGGGUGGAACGAAGGGUCCGAAAACUAUUCCGCUAUGACGAGGGACCCAACUAGAAGGCAGAGAUUCAUAUCAAGUGCGAUUGAUUUCAUCAGAAAAUACAACUUCGACGGGCUCGACCUCGACUGGGAAUUCCCCGGCAAGCGCGGCGGCGCCCCUGAAGACAAGCUCAACUUCCUCCUCUUAGUCAAAGAAUUGCGCGCCGCUUUCGACAAAUACAACCUCCUCCUCACCGCCGCCUUCGGCGCCGGUAAAGACACCAUCGACAUCGCCUACGACGUCAAGGGUCUCUCGGUCUACCUCGACUUCAUCCACAUGAUGUGCUACGAUUAUCACGGUGCGUGGGACCAGAAGACCGGCGCCAACGCGCCUCUGCGCAGCUCCGACGUGCUCAACGUCGAGUUCUCCAUCAACUACAUGCUGAAACUGGGCGCCUCCCCCAAGAAGCUAGUCAUGGGAGUGCCGCUCUACGGCCGCACUUUCUUCCUGCCCCAGCCGAUUAAUCCCGCUUCCGAACGCAAACCCAAACUGGGGGCGGUAGCUAGGAAUGUGGGUUUCCAGGGGCCGUUCACGCGAGAGAACGGGUUCAUGGGGUACAACGAGAUCUGUCUGGAGUUGAACAACAGCUCGAAGCCGUGGAUGAAGUACUGGGAUAGCGAGUCCAGGACGCCGUUCGCGGUUUCAGGGAGCAAGGUGAUAGCGUACGAUGACGCGGAUUCCAUUAAGGAGAAGGUGAAGUUCGCUAUGGAGAAGGAGCUGGCGGGGGUUAUGGUGUGGUCGGUCGAUACGGACGACUUUCAUGGGGAUUGUACCGCUGUGGGGGCGAAUGGGCACUUUGAGAAUUUCCCGUUGAUGAGGGCGAUUAACAAAGCGGUGGAGACGUCGCUGGAGGAGAUCAGUGCGGAUAAGGAGAAUACGAUUAUUCAUGGGAAUGCGGGGCGGAAGAGUGAGGCGACGGGGCGAAGUAGCAGUGUGUUGUUUAUGGUGGGCUCCACCAUGUUGUUGUUUUUGUUUGUAAAAUUUUAAUGUAGUUAAGUAAAUGUGAUUUUAUGUUAGGGAUGCUGUGAAGUUGUACACUGAAUGUAGCAAGGAAGGCCUUGCAUAGACCAACACGUGUAAAUAAAAAUGUUCUAAUUACAA